UUGCUGCAUUCUCUCUUUCUGCUUUUUACUCCUUAAAUCAUGACUCUCAAGUGGGGCUUCCCCUCACUCACUCAUAUCCACCUUACCAGAACUCCAAUGGCCACCAAAUGUGAAGGUCUUGGCCUUGGACGCCUCUUCUCUCAUCCAAACUCCGCUACCUUCCCCUCAUUUCUUCCUAAAGAGGUCUCUAAAAUCAAUGACCCUUUAGCCAGAACCAUGGCUCGUAAAAUCGAGAGGCUACCGAUGACAUUAUUUGAAACUUGCAUUAUGAGUAGCUGUGUUAAACCAGCAAAAAGAAGUGAGAAGAAUCCGGUGGUUCUACUCCACUGCUUCGAUAGUUCUUGUUUGGAAUGGAGUUAUGCAUUUCCUCUGCUUGAAGAGGCUGGUCUAGAAACGUGGGCUGUUGAUGUUCUUGGAUGGGGCUUUUCUGACUUGGAUAGUCUUCCACCAUGCAAUGUCGAAACAAAACGUUCUCAUCUGUACCAGUUUUGGAAGACCUACAUCAAGAGGCCGAUAGUAUUAGUUGGACCAAGCCUUGGUGCAGCUAUUGCAGUUGAUUUUGCAGUUAAUCAUCCGGAAGCUGUGGAGAAGCUGGUUUUGAUCAAUGCUUGUGUGUAUAGUAAAUGCACCGGGCACCCUACAAAACUGCCGAAUGUGGUAGCAUAUGCUGGGGUUUCUUUGUUGAAAAGCAUCCCAUUGCGCCUCAUUGCAAAUAAGUUAACUUUCAAUCAACUUUCUCUAGCUCGAAAUCUAGAAUGGACUAAUGUUGGCCGUUUGCACUGUCUACUGCCUUGGUGGGAAGAUACAACUGUUAGUUUUAUGAAAAGUGGAGGUUAUAAUGUCAUUUCCCAGAUUAAACAGGUCAAGCACAGAGCACUUGUUAUUGCUGGCGAAGAUGACAGAAUUAUUCGCUUUAAAGAUGCGGUGAGGCUUCAUUGUGAGUUACCAAAUGCAGUACUGCGAGUAAUUACAGAUAGUGGCCAUCUUCCCCAUGUCGACAGUCCUGCUUCUGUUUCAAAGCUGAUUACACAUUUUGUGUUACAUGAUUGCUGCUAGAAAUUCUUUAUACGUCUAAAACAUCCACAAUUAUACUCACACCCAUAUAUAUAUAUAUAUAUAUAUAUACAUAUAUAAUUACAUAUUUUAUGUUAUAAGAAAUAUUCUAAGCGGUUCCCAAAUAUUGUUGACUAAUUGUAGUUUGUUUUUGGUACUAUUUUCAAUCAACUUGAAAAAACUAAUCCUUCAAUGUUA